UAAACUUCUGACCCGUCUAUGCUUCUGAAACGGGAAGAAGCAAGAAGAGAGGAGGUUCCUCUCGCUGUCUUAUAUGAAUAUAAAGAUAUGUUUGACAGUUACAGUGUAUGUAUUAGUUGCACUUAACCUGUCACAGUUGCCGUUUAGGAUUUGACAAAUACAUUAUUUGUAGAAAUCGCUGUGUUGAUCAACAAGCCAGACGCCAAAUGAGCGGAGCAGCAUUUCCCUCCCCAACAGUGGAGAUGGCUGAGAUGAAUCGUAUCCAGUAUGAGCUGGAGUACACUGAGGGCAUCAGCCAAAGGAUGCGCAUCCCAGAGAUGCUUAAAGUGGCUCCACAUGCCCAUGAGAACCCCAGUGUUGGAUCACAGGAGCUCCCCACUAGUGUUAAAAUGCAAGUCCCAGAGAGACUUGUAAUAGCAGGAGACCCUACUGACCUCCAGUUUUCCAGACCCAGAGAUUUAGACCUUAUCCAGUCAACACCCCUAGAAGCUCUGUCACUUAAAACUCCUCCUAGAGUCCUCACCCUCACUGAGCAGCCCCUGGACUUCUUGGAGGAGGAGCAACGAGUGCCUCCAGAUAGUGAGGAAAUGUUGCGACCUCAGGGACGUUUGCGUCGGGAACGCUCAGCCAGUGAGAAUGCAGCACUUCGUCAUAACAGUCAGCUGAUCCACAAUGAUUCUGCUGCGACCUUACAUCCCCCAGCCACUGUCCAGCCAUGCCCCUCUCUCACCCUGGCUGAAGAACACAACCUGUACAGCGCUAGUGGUGUUCUGUCUUUCAUCCAGUCCACUACACGUCGGGCCUACCAGCAGGUCCUGGAGGUCUUGGACGAGAGCCCACGCAGCAAACCAUCACUGCGAGGGGGGUCAGCUUCGAGCUCCAACCCCCUGCACGAUUCCAGGCUUGCGUUAUCAUCAUACGAAGCCUCUCUGGACGGGACUUCUGAUGACAUGUCAGUGGUUGAUGCAACAACACUGCGGCGUCAGCUCAUCAAGCUGAACCGGAGACUCCAACAUUUGGAAGAAGAGAACAAGGAGCGGGCAAAGCGAGAGAUGAUCAUGUACUCCAUCACGGUUGCCUUCUGGCUCAUCAACACGUGGGUGUGGUUACGACGUUAGAGCUGUCCUGCCACCGUCAUAGGAGAACCUACUAUUCUUUAUUCAGUGUGUCAAAUAUUAGCCUCUCUCUGCACUCAGUCCCUGCGUCACAACACCUCGGCACUUAUGUGAGGCCUGUUGCACACAUGGUGGAUAUUUAGAUUUUGUUUAUUUAAUACAUGUACAGUUUUAUUUUUUUACUCUCAUUUCAUCCUCUAACCAUUUUCUCAUGUUUUUGCUUUUAUUCCAAAUCCACUUGCUCAAUAUAAUUUUUUGUAAAUAUUCGUUCGUGGCACUCAGAGCUUUGGGGGGAUUUACAGACAGUUUAGCUUAGUUUAUCAAAAACUGAAAAAGUUGGAGCUACAAUUUAGAGACUUGCAUCUCUACAAUAGAAACAUGCUGAGUAUUUAUUGCAGAGUAAUAUGUGACUUGGACAUGGAAGUGUAAUAAACUUCGUAAAAGCA